CAGCCGAUAAACCUAAACCCACUCAUCUCUAACGUUGUUGAAACUUAAACCCUAGCAGCAACCUCAGUCCCUUCUCACCAAAAACCCUAAAAAUCCCAAUCUCUGCAAACUAUAAUCAUUCAUUCGUUCAACCAUGCCCCCCAAUAAGACCCGCAAGAAGAAGUUCCGUGACCCUUUUUUCGAUGACGACGAUUCUACAAAGCGCCGCAAAGUUGCCGCCGACGAGGAUCAGGAUGCCGAGAUUGACAGUGACUCCGACGAAGACGGUAAAAUCUCUUCCGGAGAUGAGUCAGAACAGGAAUCCGAUAAGGAAACCGCUGAUGAAGCUAGGAAGAGACUCACUGAUGACUUUAGGCGAAAGUAUCUUGAAAGUGCUAAGAAAGAGAAGGAGCAGAGAGAUGAAGAUGGUGAAGGAAGUGAUGAUGAUGAGGAUGAAGGAGCGAGAGAUUCGCUUUUAGUUCAGAAAUUGAUAAAGGAGCAGCAAGAGGAGAGUGGGCGCAUCAGAAAAAACAUUGCUUCAAGGGUUGAAUUGGGUGGUGAUGGUGGAUUUGAAAAUUUAGUGAAGCAUAAGCAAUGUGUUACUGCGGUGGCUUUGUCUGAGGAUGAUGUAAAGGGGUUUUCGGCUUCGAAAGAUGGAGGGAUUGUGCAAUGGGAUGUUGAGAGUGGGAAAUGUGAUAGGUAUAAAUGGCCUAGUGAUUCGGUUCUCAAGUCUCAUGGCUUGAAGGAUCCGCAAGGUUCUGCUAAAAAGCAAAGUAGACAGAUAUUGACUUUGGCUGCGAGUUCUGAUGGUCGUUAUUUAGCUACUGGAGGCCUUGAUCGCCAUGUUCAUAUUUGGGAUACCCGCACUAGGGAGCAUCUUCAGGCUUUUCCUGGUCAUAGAGGCCCUGUUUCUUCUCUGGCUUUUAGAGAUGGAAGUACUGAGCUAUUUUCUGGUUCGUUUGAUCGAACAGUUAAGAUAUGGAAUGUUGAGGAUAGAACUUACAUGAACACUCUGUUUGGCCACCAAAGUGAAGUAUUAAGUAUUGAUUGUUUACGCAAAGAAAGGGUAUUAGCUGCGGGACGUGAUCGUAGUAUGCAGUUGUUUAAGGUUCAUGAAGAAUCACGUCUUGUAUUUCGCGCUCCUGCAUCUUCCUUAGAAUGCUGCUGUUUUGUUAAUAAUGAGGAAUUCUUGUCUGGUUCGGAUGAUGGAAGCAUUGAGCUUUGGGGUGCAGUACGGAAGAAGCCAAUUCAUAUUUUGAGGAAUGCUCAUGCCUUACUGACAGAUAGCAAGAAAUCUGACCUCAAAGACAACGGAAAACUCCCAAACGGUAACCUAGAAAAUGGUUACCACCAUCUCGAGAAUCAUCAUUGUUCGUCAGUACACUCUUGGGUCAGUGCAGUUACUGUUUGUAGGAACAGCGACCUUGCUGCAUCUGGUGCUGGUAAUGGUUUUGUUAGAUUAUGGGCAAUUGAAAAUGAGACCAAAGACAUUAAAUCUCUUCAUAAUGUACCGUUGGCUGGAUUUGUUAAUUCUAUGGCUUUUGCAAAAUCAGCAAAGUUCCUAGUUGCUGGAGUUGGGCAGGAACCUCGUCUAGGAAGGUGGGGAAGAAUACAGGAAGCUCGGAAUGGAGUUUCAAUCCUUCCACUUAAAUUGUCAUGAGAUGUGAGGCAAUGAGCAUUGUACCUCUUCAAUUUUGACUGUAAUUCCUAAUGCAACAUUGAGUUGAAAGAUAUAUCUCUGUUCGUGAUCUUAAUUAUUUGUAUCAAUUACAUUUGUUAUUAUCA